AUGGUCUCAGAUAUCCAGCGGCAGCUGGUCGUGUUUGAUUUCGACUGGUCCAUGGCAGAUCAGGAUACGGAUCGUUGGGUCUUUGAAGUCCUCGCUCCUGAUAUCCGUAGGAAAAUGAAAUCACUCAAGGACGAAAUCCAAUGGACAGACUUAGUAGCCCAAUCCUUGGAAGAGCUUCACCAACGUGGGAAGACGAAAGAAGACAUCGAGUAUGCCCUUAGAAUAAUGCCUUUCCAUCCGGCCAUGGUUAGGGCCAUCUCUAAUCUCAAGAACGCAUUCAGUCCCACCACUACGUUCUUUUGCCUGUCAAAUGCAAAUUCCGUGUUCAUAUCCACCAUUCUCGAGUCCAAGGGCCUUUUAAACGUAUUCGAGGAGAUCAUUACCAACCCCGCUUCCUUCGAGCCUUCUGGCGAAGUUGACCCUACCGGUCCACAACAUCUAUGCAAAGUUGGAUGCAGUCCCAACAUGUGUAAAGGGGAAGAACUAGAGGCAUUCCUUGCUCGUCAUCAGCCGGCGUACGACCGUAUCAUUUACAUCGGGGAUGGCGCAAACGAUUUUUGUCCAAUCCUUCGUAUGCGAAGGAUAGUGGUCCUCUGUCGUCGCUUCCGUGGCUUGGAACGUCGGAUAGCCCAGGAAGGAGAGAAGGAAGGUCUCAAGUGUCAAGUGCGAUUCUGGGCGGGUGCCUGGGAGGUGGAAGAGAUUUUCGGGGAACUAUCCAACUGA